GGCUCCCGGUCUUGUACUGGCAGUGUAAGGGAAGCCAUUGUGUGGGUAUGUGUAAUCCACCUUUGUGUUUGUGUUCCAGAUGUGCGGAUAGCUGAAGUGCACUCUGUCCAAGCUCAUCUCAGAAAUGGGGAGAGAUGAAGGCACUGACAAGGAGAUGAAGGAAACAGAAAGUAACUUGUUAGGGAGUUGAAAAAAACAGUUUAAGACAGGGACAUAGGAAGCUUGCAAUAAGAGUGUGUGUACCAGCCAGUAUGUGGAUCAGUGUGUCCAGGCAGCAGAGUUCAGCAGAGAGGGUGAUGAUGGCAGGUGGCUCAGCUGGACACUCCCUGAUCCAAGGUCCACCAAAACGUCCAGGUAGGAUCAAAGACGCUGAGGAGAGAAAGCCGGGUGCGAGUGCACUAGAGGACUGUAGUGCAAGGUCUCCCGGGGUAAGUGGACCGUACAAGGUAAAGCCGCGGAGCCAACAGUCUCUCUCUCGAGAACACACAGCCAGUAGUGACACCCGUGAUGAACUUUCAGGGUCAGCCGUAGAAGUGAUAUGGAGUCAGGGCACUUCCUCUUGUAGACCUUUUAAAACGGCAGGCAACAUCCCUGUUGUUAGCAGUGAAAAUAAUGGUACAGCCACUUAUCCCGCACUCGGCUUAACAUAUGUAGAGGAAAAUACAACAAUUAGUAAUGACACGUCAUUCGAAACCAGGUGGGACUCACUCAGGGGUAAAAAUAAGGUGUAUUCAUCAAAUCAGUCGGAGAAGAGACCUCAAGGAUGGGAGAACGUGGGGCGUGAAGGUGAAGGAUGCAAAAUUAAAAGUGCCGCAAGGGAUAAACAUACGUUUUGCCCAUCGUUCGUUAUAAAAGAACCAUCAAAAGAUCAUGAUGCAGACAACGAAAAACUUAAAUCAAUAAUAAUUGACAGUCCCCUCUCAUCUCGAACAAGGAGAGGAACUCACAGAAACAUUCCACAGCGUAACGAAGAAAAUGUGUACAAUUUUAGAGAACUUUCUGAAAACAUUGAAAAUAUUACAUCUGAUUCAAACAUUCAGAGUUGCUCCAUUUCCACCUCAUAUGUUGCAGCUGAACCAAGAUCCAGCUUCCUCACCAAGACUACUGAUAGCGUCAGUACUGACCGUCACGAGUGGACAUCCUCAGAUAGUUUCAUUUGUGAAGAUUUUAUAUUUAGAAACAGAACCGACAAAGAAGCACCAAACAGUUCUUUGCUAGGGUCUUCAAGAUCUAACACUCAAGAUGUCCAUCAUACUUCAACAGAGAAAAAGAAUAUUUCCUCCCAGCUUGAAACUGCGAGUGAAAACAGGGCCAAUACGUUGCCCAGUAAUUCUCCAGAUAGUGGUAACCUCAGUAAAAUCAUGCCCGAAGCAUCUGCCAUCAUGAAAAUUGCUCUUCACUCUAAACAAAAGGAAGCUGGUGAUGAGGGGCAUGACGAAGAUACUUUAGAUGAUGCCGUUCAUGCUUGCCCUCUGUCGUCCACGCCCCUUCCUGUCACAAUAACUGAGAGAGAGACUCAGGCUCCAGCUACUGACGUACACGUAAUUGACAGCAUAUGUAGGGAACACUGGACCACAUUUGAUGGAUCUUCGGAGCAUUUGGACCUUUAUUCAGAUACUUAUGAUUCCAGAUCGACUGACAAUUCUUCUGCUCAAGACUUUGAAGAGGAGAGCCACAGUAGUAACUGCCAGACUCCUGAAAUGUCUGCAAAACCCCUAUCAUCUGUUGAUGAUCAUCACAAGAACAUACUGAACCAAGAACCAUAUAUUAUUUCGCACACGUCUGGGAAUUACAGAGGAAGGUUAGUACGGACAUAUUCGCAGCGUGGACGUAGGGCCAGCAAACGUGUCAUUGGUUCGGUCAGUCGUCGCAUGAAUUCUACGGACUACGGAAAACUGACGGACCCCGUUUCACCGAUAUAUUCUAAAGCAGUACUUACGAUGAAGAGUGGGCCUGGCUUAUUCCAACAAGUCAAGCCCAGUCAUGAUAAUGAUAUAGCCAAGCCUGAAAGCAGAGAGCAAGCGUUGGAGGCAGAGAAAGAGGCAACAGAAGCUGUGAGCCCCUCCCGCCCGACUACUUCGACUUCCACAGAAAAAUCAGCCUCGAGAUCGUUCCUAGAUCACACGUUACCUUCAAGGGUGGGAUCACUGCGUGUUCCACGGCUCUCAUCACAGUUGGUCCAUCGUUCUCUCUCUCUUAAUAUGCCAAGAGUGGAACGAGAAGUUCCCUUCCAAAGAUUACCUGAACAUCGGCCAGGGUCUCUGAGGAAAGCAAUGUCAGGCUUAGGAGCUCUAGCCCGAAGCUUCAAGAAAAAGUCUGUCGGUGAAGUAGGUGUAGUUAGUGAGACUGACAGGGUGACCCCACGCCCGGGCGUGCGUCGUAGCGGUACUUUCGUCAGCAGGCAAACGCCCCAGGCCCCGAGGCUGCCACGACGAGCCUCCAGUCACAAACACGUAACAUCAGCUCCUCCUUGAGCACCUUCAUUUCGAACUCAACAA